GGGUAAUGGGGCUCAGCAACACAGGAAGAGUUUGACUUCAAGCAAAAAUCAAAUAAUAUCAUUAAUAUAAUUCGCUCGUCCGGAGGAUCAGCCCGGUGUGGUUUUGUCAGGUGAGGGCCCUGAAGCAGAGGGAAGCUUUUUGUUUUAGUUCUAGUUCCUCAGUGUCCAGUUCUGUCUUGGGGCUCUUGUUUUGCCGACAACUGAGGAAGAGGAGGCAGCUGGGAGGAGGAAGGUGAGGAUGCAGAGCGGCAGCAGCAGCGAUGAAGACUCCGACGUGGAGAAAAACUUUGCUCUGCUCACCAGCAGAGGAAGAGGAGGAGCUGAUGAAGAGGGAGAGGGAGAGGAGGAGUUAAGUGCCGAGGAACAGGAGGAGGAGGAGGAAGAAGAGGAGGAGGAAGAAGAGGAGGAAGAAGAUGUGUUGGAUGGUGGUCAUGAAGAGGAGGACGAGGAUGACACCGAAGGCUCUGAAGAUGAUGAUGAUGACGACGAUGAUGAUGAAGAUGACGAUGAUGAAGAUGGUGCGCAGCUGGAAGACGGUGGCGGCAGCGCAGAAGUCCAGACCAGAGAAAACAUUAAAAAGGAGCUGGCCUCCAUGAGCUUUGAGGACGUCCUGAAGCUGCAGAACAAACUGGGCACCAAAGUUUACAACCAAGUCGCCUACGGCAGCAGCGAGACGCCGGCGAGCCACGGCGCCAGGAAACGCCUCAACAAGAACAGGCCCACCGAGCUCUCAGCCAAGAGGCCGGCGCCCUUCCUGAGGCAGGUCGUCCCCGUCAAGAAGCCCGUCUCCAGAGAUCCUCGGUUCGACGAUCUGUCCGGAGAAUACAAACCGGAGAUCUUUGAGAAGACGUACAAGUUCCUGGACGACAUCCGGCAGCGAGAGCGACAGGUCGUCCAGAAGAAGCUGAAGAAGUCAAAGAAAAACAACCAGAGGAAGGAGAAGCUGCAGGCUCUGCUGCAGAGGAUGGAGAACCAGGAGCGUGCGAGGAGGAGCCGGGAGCAGCAGAGGGAGCAGGAGCUGCAGCUGAAGAGGAGGCAGAGGGAACUCGCCGAGAGCGGCCGCCAGCCCUUCUUCCUCAAGAAGUCCGACCAGAAGAAGCUGCAGCUCGCUGAAAAGUUCACGGCUCUGAAGCGGAGCGGCAAGCUGGAGAACUUCCUGAGCAAGAAGAGGAGGAGGAACGCCGUGAAGGACCGCAGGAAGCUGCCGACUCAGCAGCAGCAGGAGCGCCGCCGCGGCCGCUGAGGACCCGCCCACCGCCCCCACGCACAGACCCACUUCCUGUUUCCUGUUUCCUGUUCCCUGUAUGUGAAGCCCUGUGGAGGAGCCGCCGGUGGAGCUGGGAUUUGUUGUCGUUUCAUUUUGGCGUGAGGAUGUGACGCUGUGGCGACGGGACGAAUCCACUGCCAGUCAGAAUGCUCAGAUGACUUUUUUUAUUUGUAUUUUUUUUUAUUUUUGGUGAUUUUAAAAAGCAGCCGGGGGAGGAGUCGUGAGGCGGGACAAGGUCACAGCAUCACAGCGCCCCUCAGGUCGCUCAUGUGUGUGACAGACGAGCCGACAAGCAGCCAAUCACAUCUCACCGCCGCCUGGAGUCCCGCCCACUGCUGCAGACACUGUUGAAAAUUCAAAUUUCUGUCAUUUUACUCUGACAGUGUUCAGUUUAGCAGGAUGAAGACGAGCCGCGGAAUAAAAACCAGCGAGGAAACAUCCGGUCUCCUCCCGUCUGUAUCCAACUCCAUGAGAAUCACUACCACCAACAACAACAACAAUAAUAAUAACAAUAAUAACAAAAUAAUAAUAAUAAUACCUUUUCAAGUUUUACCUCAAAGUAGAAGUGAGUUUGAGUUCAUUGAUUUUCUUGCUCACAGUCCAAAACUGACCGGAGGCAGAAUUCACAUUAAUAAGAAACAGAAAAAUACAUGCACAUGAUUGUACAUUAUAAAAAUAUAAAACUAUAUACAGCAACAUACACACAUGCACCCAUACAUUCAUGCUCAUACAUGCACAAAUACAAACAUGCAUGCAUUUUAAAAUGCCAUAAAGCAUACAACACAACCCACCAAAAACAAGAAAUAAAAAUAAAAACAGGCAAAUUAAACGCUAAACACUUUUUUUUUUAAUAAACAGACGUCACACACUUUACUUGUGGAGUGUAUGAAGGAGAUUAUAAGGAAUAUGCUGAAUAUGCUGUGGACUGAAACCUGCUGCCAAUAAAGUUUCACUGAAGGACAGAGAGUUGGGUACUGCUCGUCAUGUGGCGGUCUGGCCAGCAGGGGGCGCUGCAGAACAGAGGCUAUGGGCUCCAGGCGACCGAAACAAAAACCAAGACUGAAACUCAGCUGAGAAAUGUGAGAAAAUCUUCAGAAACCAUCAUUUGUGGUCAUGUUCGAUCCAGAGAAGCGACUCUCAGCCGGGCAAGAAACUGUAAAUUUUAAGCUGUUUCAUAUCUUUGUCACCCAGAAAUACAAGAAAAAAAAGCUAAAACAAAAAUAAAAUCAUCA